GCUCCCCUCAGCUCUUGCAGUGCUAAUUAAGGGAGGGAGCAGCAGGGAGCUUGCAGUGACCAAGAGGGGGUUGAGGCUAAGAGGCCGUGAUAAACAGGAUACGAUAAAAGCCCUUAACCAAGACACAGAUGGGAAGAAGCGUUAGGGCGAGGAGCACUCACAUCUCAAGGUUAACCAGCCUUUCAAAUAGUUUCCAGAGAUGGAUUAUCCUACUUUACUUUUGGCUCUUCUUCAUGUUUACAGAGCUCUAUGUGAAGAGGUGCUUUGGCAUACAUCAGUUCCCUUUGCCAAGAACAUGUCUCUAGAAUGUGUGUAUCCAUCAAUGGGCAUCUUAACACAGGUGGAGUGGUUCAAGAUCGGGACCGAGAAGGAUUCCAUAGCCAUUUUCAGCCCUACUCAUGGCAUGGUCAUAAGGAAGCCCUAUGCUGAGAGGGUUUACUUUUUGAAUUCAACGAUGGCUUCCAACAACAUGACUCUUUUCUUUCGGAAUGCCUCUGAAGAUGAUGUUGGCUACUAUUCCUGCUCUCUUUACACUUACCCACAGGGAACUUGGCAGAAGGUGAUACAGGUGGUUCAGUCAGAUAGUUUUGAGGCAGCUGUGCCAUCAAAUAGCCACAUUGUCUCGGAACCUGGAAAGAAUAUCACCCUCGCCUGUCAGCCUCAGAUGACGUGGCCUGUGCAGGAAGUGAGGUGGGAAAAGAUCCAGCCCCAUCAGAUCGACCUCUUAACUUACUGCAACUUGGUCCAUGGCAGAAAUUUCACCUCCAAGUUCCCAAGACAAAUAGUGAGCAACUGCAGCCACGGGAGGUGGAGCGUCAUCGUCAUCCCCAAUGUCACAGCCUCAGACUCGGGGCUUUACCGCUGCCACUUGCAGGCCAGCGCAGGAGAAAACGAAACCGUGAUGAGACUGACCAUAGCCGAGGGUAAAACCGAUAACCAAUAUACCCUCUUUGUGGCUGGAGGGACUGUUUUAUUGUUGUUGUUUGUUAUCUCAAUUACCACCAUCAUUGUCAUUUUCCUUAACAGAAGGAGAAGGAGAGAGAGAAGAGAUCUAUUUACAGAGUCCUGGGAUACACAGAAGGCACCCAACAACUAUAGAAGUCCCAUCUCUACCAGUCAACCUACCAAUCAAUCCAUGGAUGAUACAAGAGAGGAUAUUUAUGUCAACUAUCCAACCUUCUCUCGCAGACCAAAGACUAGAGUUUAAGCUUAUUCUUGACAUGAGUGCAUUAGUAAUGACUCUUAUGUACUCAUGCAUGGAUCUUUAUGCAAUUUUUUUCCACUACCCAAGAUCUACCUUAGAUACUAGUUGUCUGAAUUGAGUUCAUUUGGUAGGAAAAAUACUUCAUUACCUAAAAUCAUUUUUCAUAGAACUGUUUCAGAAAACCUGACUCUAACUUGUUUAUAUACAAAAGAAAACUUACUGAAUCAUAUAACAGAAUGAUCCAGGGGAGAUUAAGCUUUGGGCAAGGGCUAUUUACCAGGGCUUAAAUGUUGUGUCUAGAAUUAAGUGUGGGCAUAAACUGGCUUCUGAAUCCCUUUCCUCAGUGUUGGAUCCAUUUCCCUGGUCUUGGCCUCACUCUCAUGCAGGCUUUCCUCUUGUAUUGGCAAGAUGGCUGCCAACUCUUGGCAAUUCAUACAUCCUUGUUUCUGUCUGGUAGAGAGUUUGCUUCUCAAAUGGAGCAAACAAAUUUGAUUAUUUUUUCAUUGUUAAAUAGGCAUCAUGACCAGAAAGGAUGGAAUGGCUUAAGUAAACUAAGGGUCCACUUCUAGAGCUGAGAGCAGGUUCAAAGCACAAUACUGGGCAAUUCAGAGCAUGGUUAGAAGAGGGAAGGCGAGUCUCAAAGCUGGAGAGUUUGCCAACAAAUAUUGACUGCAGUGAUCAAGACAUUCUUGGUUAACUAAAAAGUGAAAUAUGGGAUGGAUUCUAGAAAUGGGGUAUCUCUGUCCAUACUUCUAGAAUCCACUCUAUCAGCAUAGUCCAGAAGAGUAUCUGGCAAUGGAAGAAAUGAAAAAUCAAGAGGAAGAUAAAUGCGAGAGGGCAAUCCCUUACUAUUCUCAUAUCUAUUUAUCUCUCAUUCUGUAUAGAAUUCUUGCUGCCAUCCCGGGUCUAGCCUCAGGAGCAAAUGUAGUAGAUAGUCCAAUAACAAAUAACUUAAUGUUUUGGACUUUUUUUCUACUUUUUAGAAUUAUUUUUAAUAUGUAAAUUCUCUCAAAAGGGUCAGGCAUCUCUUUAUUAUUUUUUAAUGAUUAUGUGAAACUUGCAUAUAAUAUACCACUAAAAGUGACAGUUGGAAGUGGUGGCAUAGGAUGGUAGCGUAGAAAUUUGGGAGGGGAAAAAGAAAUUGGGAGGGUACAGGGAACAGGAGAAAGGAAUCAAACCACAGAAAAAUACAAAGGGAAACUUCUGCUUCACUAUUUGGACAAAGACAGCCCUAAUGACAUCACCAACAGUCAAAGCAAUUAGAGACCAUACCUGAUACUGUUUAAAUACUAGAUGUAGGCAAACAAUGAAAAGCAUUUGCCAAACUGAAUAAAACUCUCAUGGUUACCUUGAAA